CAGCGGCCUGGAGCAUGGCGUCCCCGGCCAUCGGACAGCGUCCCUACCCGCUGCUCUUAGAGCCCGAGCCGCCGCGGUACCUGCAGAGCCUGGGCGGCACGGAGCCACCGCCGCCCGGCCGGCCCCGCCGCUGCAUCCCCGCGGCCCCGGUCCCCGCGUCCGGGGCGUCAGAGCGACGCGGGGGCCGGAGGGCCGCCCGUGGGGACCCCGAGCCCACGCCCCGGGACUGCCGACCCGCUCGCCCUGUCCGGCCCGGUCUGCAGCAGAGACUGCGGCGGCGGCCUGGGUCGCACCGACCCCGCGACGUGCGGAGCAUCUUCGAGCAGCCGCAGGAUCCCCGCGUCCAAGCCGAGAGAGGCGAGGGGCACCGUUUCGAGGAACUGGCACUGCGGGGCGGCCCGGGCUGGUGUGACCUGUGCGGACGAGAGGUGCUGCGGCAGGCGCUGCGCUGCGCUAACUGUAAAUUCACCUGCCACCCCGAGUGCCGCAGCCUGAUCCGGCUGGACUGCAGACAGAAAGAGGGCCCUGCCCUGGAUAGACGCUCUCCAGAAAGCACCCUUACCCCGACCUUCAACCAGAAUGUCUGUAAGGUAGUGGAGGAGACGCAGCACCCACCCACGCUACAGGAGAUCAAGCAGAAGAUUGACAGCUACAACAGCCUGGAGAAACACUGCCUGGGCAUGAAGUUGAGUGAAGAUGGCACCUACACGGGUUUCAUCAAAGUGCAUCUGAAGCUGCGCCGGCCAGUGACGGUACCCGCUGGGAUCCGGCCCCAGUCUAUCUACGAUGCCAUUAAGGAAGUGAACCCUGCAGCCACCACAGACAAGCGGACGUCCUUCUACCUGCCACUUGAUGCCAUCAAGCAGCUGCACAUCAGCAGCUCCACCACCGUCAGUGAGGUCAUCCAGGGGCUGCUCAAGAAAUUCAUGGUUGUGGACAACCCGCACAAGUUUGCACUUUUUAAGCGGAUGCACAAAGAUGGACAAGUGCUGUUCCAGAAACUCUCCAUUGCUGACUGCCCUCUCUACCUGCGCCUGCUUGCUGGGCCUGACACUGAGGCCCUCAGCUUUGUGCUGAAGGAGAAUGAGACCGGAGAAGUAGAGUGGGAUGCCUUUUCCAUUCCUGAACUCCAGAACUUCUUAACUAUCCUGGAAAAAGAGGAGCAGGACAAAAUCCACCAAGUGCAGAAGAAGUACGACACCUUCCGGCAGAAACUGCAGGCGGCGUUACGGGAGUCCCAAGGGAAGCCUGGGUAGCCAGCCUCCUUCCUGUCCUCAGUGCCCUCCCAUUUAUUUUAUUAUUUUGCAACAGACAUUCUCAAACCGCCUCUGGGCCCACCUGUGCCUGCCCAGCAGUUAACAGAUGUGGCACAGAGUCUCUUCCACAAAGUGUCUGUGCACAAAGAGUCCUGCCAACCCACUGCGCCAUGACUCUGGAGAGAUUCUGCCUGGACCAGAACUCAUGCGGGACGAACAGGGUUGCCCCUGCUCAAUCUGCUGGCCUUUCACAAACCAAAUAGUUGCCUCUGGUCACCAAACUGCACCAGCCGGCAAAAAGGGAAGAAAGGUUUUAGAGCCCUGUCUCCUUUCUCUGGAUUAAUUCGUCAUUCUUCUUUAUCACCUACAGUAUCUAUCUUUAUUUAGGGGUCAAUGUGGCCUAUUCCUUCAGCUGAGUCCUUGAAACCUCAUCAAAGGACUGUCCUCCUUGCCCCCAGGUGCCUCCUCUUCGCUAAGACUAGACACUCAGGGUUAGCCUGAGAUUUCCAGAGGCUCCAGCCCAACCUGGCCCUCUGUCACCCCAUGGGCUGUGCACAUGCAAACGUUUGCAAAGGCAUUUACUUACAUCUGUGUGGUAUUUCAGCUUGGCUUUGUCUGAUGAUCUGAUGAUAUGUUAAAAUUUGAAUUUAACAUCGUUAUCCUCAUGGGUUUCUACCAAAGGGAAACCAGCCACUUAACAACUUUAGUUUCCUGCUGAGUCGCCAGAAAGUACUGCAGAGAAGCUACUCCAAGCUGUCGACAACUUGCCUGCAACUAGGAAGCAGAGGGUCCCGGCCCACUCAGUCCACCUCGGCAUCCAUCCUCUUGCUGUUGCCUGCCUGAGUGGUAGCCUUGAUCCUUAGCAAGCCUGUGGGCCUGCCCUGCCCAGUGACUUCAGUGCCUUUUUGUUUUCAGAGAAAAGAACAGUGUUUCCCUCGGAAAGCUCUCCUGCUGGCUUGCUCCUGGCAAGAAGACAAUGGUGGUGUAGAGAGGACAGGGGAUCCCUCAGAGCACAGACAGAUCACACACAUACCUCUUUGCCAGCAAGCUUCCUGGUCAGGCUCUGACUUUGAAGAUGCGAUAUUAUUAAACCACAAUGACAACAUCAGGCUAUGGCUACAGCUCUGACUAGUUCAAGCGGAACACAAAUUAGCCAGGACUGCAAAGACACACAACAGAGCAGGAUUAAAAGUUGUCCCUUUUAAAGAAGGCUGGCGUUCCCAUCUAGCCUCAGAACAGACCACUUUCUUGCUGCCCUUGCCUCUCCACACCCCUCGAGUCGUUUUAAGCCCAAGCUGCUUCAUGUCGCCUCAAAAGUUCCCGCCCCAGCUCAGGCUAGUCCACAACCCAGAGGGAUUCUCGGUCCUUGCCACUCAGUCUUCAGAGCUGCCAAAGCAACACGAGCUAGCGACUCUGAGGCCGUGCAUGCCAUCAGCCCUGGCUGCCUGCCUCCUCGUGCUCAGCCUCAUCGCUUCCCUCCCUCCUGUGGAUUACAGGGACAGACAGAGGUCAGUCCCUUCAUCCUGCAUGUGUGUAGCAUUAGGAGAAGGCAUGGCUCCUGCUGCAAACACUGUGAAUGUGUGAAUGCUGCUGAGAAGCUCCCUCCAUGGAUGGCUAUUUUAUUUUUGAGACAAAAAGUCGUGUGUGUGUGUGUGUAUAUAUAUAUAUAUUUAUAUACACACACACACAAAUACAUAUGUGGUAUAUUCACAUAGAGGCAUAUAGCUAUAUAUAAAGAGAAGGUGUUUAUGAUAAAAUUUAAAGUUUAAGCACAGUAGACUCGGGACCUCUACUGAGGUUGAGCCUCUGGGAAGGGUCAAGUUCCUUCAGUCCCAGAGCUGGGUGUAACUGCUGGUAGUGCCUUCUAUGGUUCUAUUGUUCUGUGGGUGUUUUAAGAAUAUUUUCUUUCUAAGUGUCUUUCUUAUAUAUGUUUUUUAAUGAGUAAUAAAAGCUUACUGUAAAAACAA